AUGGAUCCAUAUGAUGAUGCCUUCUUUCAACAGAACGAUUAUCAAUAUAUACAAACAAUUGGUAAGGGUACAUACGGCAUAGUCUACCUUGUUUACUCUAAUCAAUAUAAGAUUCACUUUGGUGUUAAGCGAGUUUUGGCUUCUAAGUUCCAAGAGAACGAGGUAGAGUCAAUGAUUGCUAUUAAGAGUUCAUAUGUUGUCACCUUAUAUAAAUAUUUUUAUAUACAGCCCUAUGUAUAUAUGGUUAUGGAAUUUUGUCCAAAUUCCAUAGACCGCAUCGUUGCAAGUCCAAUUUCUCAACCAGAUAGGAUAUUACAACUAGCAUCUGGGAUCAUUAUGGCAGUUAAAGCUUGCCAUUCCUAUGGUUUUACCCAUGGAGAUAUAAAACCAUCGAAUUUUCUUGUAGAUUCCUAUGGAAGAAUCAAGAUAUGUGAUUUUGGCUUAGCCAAAAAGCGUGUAGCAGAUGAAAUAUCUACAGGAUUCGCCGGAACAUUAGCAUUCCUCCCUCCAGAAGUCAUCAAAAUGCAGCCAUAUGAUGCAUUUGCUGCAGACAUCUGGUCUCUAGGAGUUACUCUGUACUAUGUUUUAACAAAACAGUAUCCAUGGGACAUUUCUUCAAAGGAGAAAAUGUUAAAUGCCAUAAUGACUGGUACUUUUGAUGAUUCCAACAUCAAAAAUGAGACAUAUGAGAAGAUCAUUCAUGGAUGCUUACAAGUUGACCCAGCAUCAAGACCGAGCGCGACAGAAAUUUCUGAAAUGCUCAACUUGAAAUUAGAUUCGUCUAGAAGAACGCUGAACUAUUCAUCAACAGCACAUCAACCUUUAUCUUUAAUAUUAUCACCUUCAAUCAAGAAGAGAAGAUUAAGUUUUCAAUGA